CCGGCGCUUCUCCUGCGACGCCGCCAUGGUGCUGAGCGGCGGCUGGUGGGGCCGGGCUGUGGCGCGGGCGAGAGGGGCAGGCGGCUUCCUGAGGGGGGAGGCCUGGCCCUGGAGGGCGAGGGCGGCCAGGUACAGCUCGGGGCGAGGGCCGGGACCGCCGGCCGUGAGCGAGCUGGACAAGGCGGACGCCUGGCUCCUCAGGAAGGCUCACGAGACCGGGUUUCUUUCUUGGUUUCGGAAUGGCUUGCUGGCUACCGGCGUCGGCGUGAUUUCUUAUGUGCAGAGCGACAUGGGACGUGAAGCUGCGUACGGCUUCUUCAUCCUUGGCGGGAUCUGCGUCUCCUACGGCAGCGCCUCCUACCUCGUCAGCCUCUUCCUCCUCCGCCGCACCAUGAUGCUGUCCGUCUCCACGGCCCUCCUCAACUGCGCUGCCGUCACCACCGUGGCCCUCUUCUGGCUGUGCGCCAUCUCCCUCUACAUCGGCCGCCUGGAGGUGGAGAUCAUUCAGGACGACGGCCCCAGCGACAAGUGCCAGGAUAAGAAAAAGGAGGACGGGAAGUCGGACGAGUGAGGGGCGGAACCGGCUGGGGCCAGCGGCCCCCGGAUGUGCUUCCACCGCCUGCUGCGGACCGACCCUUCAGCCCUUCCCCGUGGCACGUUCGGGCCCUUUUGCCCGCUGGGCCGAGGGGCGAGGAAGGAAGGCGGGAACCCUCGCAGACGAGACACACAAAGCGCGUCGGCUGCUUCCUAUUUAUUUUGGGUCUUCCUGACGGGUCUCUGGGAACGGACCGUGGGGAAAGACGGUGGUUCGGAGCGUGCCCGGCUUCCCCACUGGGGGCUUGGCGUUCUUUUCACACCGAGACCUCUGGGACUUCUGGCAAAAGAUGCUUUC